AUGGCCGCCCAGUCCACCCUUCGUCGCCCGGAGGACCCUCUCCUUGCCCUCUACUUACACUUCUCAGACCUCAUCCGAUCUCGGAUUCGUCGCUCGUCCAAGACCACCCAAAUCGUUGCAACGAUCACGCUACUGCUAUCCAUUAUCGGCUCGGCAUAUGGAGGAUACAACUGGUUCCGUGAGCGGUCCAAGGAACGAGCUCAAGGUCACCGGCUCCUGCGUCGUAACUCGGGCAUUCGCGGUCCUGAUCCAUCCAACCAAGCCAACCACCUUCGAUGCCCACCGACGACUCUUCCUCAACCCACCGGCAUCUGCGCGGAGCAGCGAGGAUGCCUCGGCAAGUCAGAUCCCCCGCCGACGACCAAGCCAGGCCUCAAUCUGGCCUUCCUGCACCAGUUUCUCAGUCUCGGAAGUAUCAUGGUUCCGCGAUGGGGCAGCAAGGAGACAGGUUUGCUCAUGAGCCAUGGAGUCUUCCUGCUUUUACGAACAUACCUCUCACUGUUAAUCGCACGACUCGACGGUGAAAUUGUCCGGGAUCUAGUCGCUGGGAAAGGAAAAGCAUUCGCGUGGGGGAUCGUCAAGUGGUGUGGUAUUGGAACCCUGGCCUCGUACACCAACGCGAUGAUCAAGUUCCUCCAGUCCAAGGUUUCCAUUGCCUUCCGGACCCGCUUGACGAGAUAUAUCCACGACCUUUAUCUGACAGACAACAACAACUAUUACAAACUGAUGAACAUGGAUGGUGGAAUCGGCCAAGGCCCCGAUCAAUUCAUCACGCAAGACCUGACCCUAUUCUGCUCCGCUGCAGCUGCGCUGUAUUCGUCAAUGGGCAAACCCUUGGUGGAUCUCUUUGUCUUCAACUACCAACUCUACCGCUCUCUUGGUCCUCUGGCCCUUAGUGGGAUCCUCACUGGCUAUUUCAGCACGGCCGUUGUGCUUCGGAAACUGUCCCCGCCGUUCGGAAAGCUGAAGGCCGUCGAAGGAAAGAAGGAGGGAGACUUCCGUGGUCUCCAUUCGCGUCUCCUGGCCAAUGCAGAGGAAAUCUCGUUCUAUGGCGGUGCCGAUAUCGAACGAGUGUUCCUGAUCCGCAGUUUCAAGGACCUGCAACGGUGGAUGGAAGGCAUCUACAGUCUCAAGAUUCGUUACAAUAUGCUCGAGGAUAUGAUCCUGAAGUACUCCUGGUCGGCCUUUGGUUAUUUGAUCACAUCUUUGCCGGUGUUCCUUCCUGCAUGGGGUGGUACAGGCGGUGCGAUGGAGCUGGCCGAUGUGCCCGAAGGAGAGAAGUCUGGCCGUGAACGUGGUCGCAUGAAGGAGUUCAUCACCAACAAACGGCUCAUGCUCUCGCUGGCUGAUGCAGGCGGUCGCAUGAUGUACAGCAUCAAGGAUAUUUCCGAGCUUGCAGGGUACACUUCUCGGGUCUACAACCUUAUCUCCACGCUGCACCGCGUGCACGCCAACGCCUACUACCCACCCCGUGGCUCGCAUCCGGAGCUUUAUUCGCUUGCUGAUGCCCAAGGUACCACGCAUAACGGCUUCGACGGGGUCCGUCUGGAGCAGGUCCCCAUUGUAGCGCCAUCUCUUUACCCCAUGGGUGGAGACGAGCUGAUCGAUUCGCUAUCGUUCAUUGUUCACUCCGGCGACCAUCUUCUCAUCUCCGGACCCAACGGUGUGGGCAAGUCUGCUAUCCCUCGUAUCGUUGCCGGAUUGUGGCCUGUCUAUCGUGGACUCGUCAGCCGGCCUCGCGAAUUCGGACUGGACGGCAUCAUGUUCCUCCCCCAGCGGCCAUACUUGAGUGUGGGUACUCUUCGCGAUCAAGUCAUCUACCCCCAUACAGAAAUCGAUAUGCGUGAAGCCGGUGAAUCGGACUCCUCGCUGCAGAAAAUCCUCGACGAUGCCCAUCUGGGUUAUCUGCCCCAGCGUGAAGGCGGCUGGGAUACCCGCAAAGAAUGGAAAGAUGUUCUCAGUGGCGGCGAGAAGCAGCGUGUGGCCAUGGCACGUUUGUUCUAUCACCAACCCCGAUACGCAUUCAUCGAUGAAGGAACAUCAGCCGUGUCUUCCGACGUGGAAGGCUUGCUCUAUGAACGGGCCAAGGAGCGAGGAAUUACAUUGAUCACAAUUUCAACCCGUGCUUCCCUGAAGAAAUACCACACUUACAACAUGAUCCUCGGCCUUGGUGACGAAGGCGAACGCUGGGAGUUUGAGAGAAUUGGCACAGAGAAGGAGAAGCUUGGUGUCGAGAAGGAGAUUCAAGAGCUGCGCAAACGCCUAGACAAAGUGGAUGAAUGGAAGCUCCGCCGAGAGGAGAUAGAGCAGGAAUUGUCCAAGGUUUGGUCCACCGAUGGUGAAAUUGCGCCGCCGCCGUACCAGGAAGUACCAGCUCCGGAUCCAACCCUGGAGAAAUCCACCGAAGGCACCGCAAAGUGA